AGAGGGGGAAGGCGGGAAAGCAAGCAGCAAUUUGGCGCCAAGCGGCAACGCGCGGAAAGAUCUCGCGUUUUCCCCCCUUUCCUAUUCCUUCUCAUUUGCGCUUGCUUGCAUUUGCAUCCCGUCUUAGGGGAAGCGGCGAAGCGGCGGAGAUGGAGAUCCGCGUGCGGUGCGGAUGCGGCGAUUCGUCGUGCCCGGAGUGGGCCGUCGUGGAGUUGCAGGGCGUCGUGCAGCCGCAGGCAUCCUUCUCCGGCGACAUCCGGGGGCUCCACAUCGGCCGCCUCUGCUCCGCCCCCUCCCCGUCCUCUUCCAAGGGAGGGUACACCUUCACGGUGGGGUACCAUGAACUCGCCGGGACGAAGGUGACCCUGAAGAAGCCCUUGCUGGUGCUCAGGAAGAAGAAGGUGGCUGGUGGUGCUGCGGAUCAGGAGCCACCGACGGCGGCGGAGGUGGAGUUGGAGGUGAUUGGCGUCAUCCGUCACAAGAUCCUCUUCAAGGACCGCCCCAAGGCCCUCAUCUCGAAGCCGCCGACCAAGGAGAAAAAGGCCGCGCAGGCAGCAGCAAAUUGACGCCAUUUCUGGGAACGGCCAAGCAGCAACUUGAUGCAGCCGUGCCGGCGAUUUCGUGGACCUUGUUUUAGUCACAUUCAGGCGAAAUUCGACGCCGUGUUCUGUGUGGUUGGGCUUGUUUGGAUGGCACCCUGGGAAAGUUGCCUAUGCCAGGCAGCUCAUCCAGGCCCUCGAUUUCGUGCGCCUGGGGCCACGAUGGCUGCCUGGGUGAGGCCUUCAUCCACUGCCUGUUUCUGUCUGUUGCUUUCUGUCACUAAGAUAUUUCCAUAUCACCGGCAGUACUGAAUCACGGCUGGUAAAUGUAAAACAUGUCAGCGUUCGUCUUGAAGCAUAUCAGGGGAAGUGGUUACAAGGAAAGCUAACAUUUAUGGUCCAUUCCAUUCCA